CCAGUCACGCACACAAGCUCCCUCUCGUCAGCGCGCACGCACGGCGCCGCCCCGGUUUAUAUAGCAAUCAACACGUACGUGCGCGUGAGGGUGGAAUUUUUUAGCUCGUUUGAUAAGGAGAAGAACGAAGCUUGUGGGAAAGGUCGGUCGGUUUGGUCUGUCGAUCGGGUCGGAUCGAUCGCCAUGACGCUCACGAGGCACGAAGCAGAGGAGAGCAAGGAGAUGGAGGGCCUCCGGGCGCACGCCGUCGCGCUGCUCUCGCUGUCGUCGUCGCCGGAGCCGGCGGCGUCGGGCGGCGGCGACAGCAGGCCGCCGGCGUCGGCCUCGAGCAGGAGGGCCAUGGCGGCGGAGGGCGUGUUCGAGUGCAAGACGUGCAGCAAGCGCUUCCCGUCGUUCCAGGCGCUCGGCGGGCACCGCACCAGCCACACGCGGCUGCAGGCGCGGAUGCUCAGCGACGCGGCGGCCGCGGGCGCCGAGAGGGACAGGACGCGGGUGCACGAGUGCGCCGUCUGCGGGCUCGAGUUCUCCAUGGGCCAGGCGCUCGGCGGGCACAUGCGCCGGCACAGGGGCGAGGCGCCGCUGGCCGCGCACGACGACGGCGCCGCGCACCCGGACCAGGCCAUGCCGGACCUCAACUUCCCGCCGCUGGAGGACGGCGACGGCGGCGGCGGCAGCGACGGUGGCCAAGAUCAACAGCCAUCAGCCGAUCACAGCUCGGAGCCGCAGCUGCUCAACCUGCUUGUAUAGCGUGGCGUGCACAGCGUGUAUGUGCAUGGUGAUCCUAUGGUGUGCAUACAUGAGUGGUUUCUAAAUUUUCGGAGCCUGGACAUGACAAGGAAUUCCUCAUUAACUGUAGCUUCGUUUCUUAGGUUCUGUUUCAUUAGUUGGGUUUCCUUUGUAAAGCUAUUCGUCGAUUGCAAUUCAUUUGUUGUAAAUUAAAUUGUCAAUAUCUUUCUUAUCUGACGACAGCUUGUUGUGCAAA